AUGUCGCAAAACCAACAUGAAGACGACUCAAAGUCGGAGUCGGUGGAUGUGGAGCCUGACCGCCACGACUUGCGAUUGACGACAUCGAAUGCGGAGAAGAGUGCGACGAUUUUGCCUGCCCCGACUGAGGACGAUGCGCAAUUGAGCCGCCAAGACACGGAAGCGAUUUAUGCCAAGUUUUCGCCGAACCGGAAGAGACUUGUCACGGCAGUGGUGGCUUGUGGUGGAAUCUCGUCAACGGUGUCCACUCUGCUGCUCUUGGCAGCGAUUCCCGAAAUAGCGGGCGAGUUCAACACUAGCGGAAGUAUCAUCAAUGUCAGCAAUGCCAUUUACACAGUGUUCAUGGGCAUCAGUACCCUGUUUUGGGGACCAGUGAGCCAGGUGUAUGGACGCAAAUGGCCAUGCAUUCUGUCUGCGGCUGGGUUCUUUGGCUUCUCCGUGGGAACAGCAUUGGCUCCCAACCUUGCCGCCUUCUUCGUUUUCCGGUUGCUCUCAGCCUUCACGGGAACAGCUUACCUCGUGCUGGGCUCAAGUUGCAUCAGUGACAUUUACAAGCCCACAGAGAGGGGAACAGCCCUGGCAUGGUUCCUGAACGGCACCCUGAUCGGUCAAUCUUUCGGUCCCUUCAUCGGUGGUGUUAUUGUCACAUAUCAUAGCUGGCGAGUCUUGUUCUGGUUUCAAUCGGGCUUGGGAGGACUCACAACUGUCCUUGCGGUACUUGCGCUGCCAGAGACAAGCCAUAAGAUGAGAUCGAAGGAGUUGGAAGGGCUCGACUUCAAGACCAAGGCUGGGAAGGUUUGGGAUUGGACAAACCCUUUCCGAGUCCUUGCAUUGUUCCGUAUUCCGAAACUCCUGGUGGCAGGAAUCGCCGCCUCGUCUUUGGUGUGGAACAUGCAGUCACUCUUAACGCCCAUCCGAUACGUCAUCAACCCGCGCUUCCACCUGACAACUCCUCUGCAGUCCGGUCUCUUCUUCCUAGCCCCAGGAAUCGGGUUCUUCACUGGUACAUACUUCGGUGGUCGCUACGCAGAUCAUACAGUAAAGCUCUGGAUCAAACGUCGAGGUCAUCGCCUUCCCGAAGAUCGUCUGCGCAGCUCUUUCGUGGCCAUGGGCGUCGUCAUCCCGUGCGCGAUUCUGAUCUACGGAUGGGCCAUCGAGAAGGAGAAGGGCGGCAUCCCGUUGCCAGUGAUUUGCAUGUUCGUGCAAGGUUUCGCGCAGACUAUUUGCUUCCCCAGCAUCAACACGUAUUGUCUUGAUGUGUUCAAGGGACGGAGUGCAGAGGUGAUAGUGAAGAAGGCGGUGUAUUUCGGCCAGUAA